CGCCAGUUGGUCAGUUUGUGUUGCACAUUUCUGUGGAAACGCAGGAUUCUGUCUCUUGACGGGGCGACAGCCAAUGUCGACACAAUGGCUGACCAUACCAUGCAGCAGGUUAUUCGUGACAAGUUCAGAAACUCCACAUUUCCGACCAUCAUGCACCGGCUCAGGGCUAUCAUGGACAGUGGCUGGAUUCUGGUCAUGGACCAGGGCAGAGUUGCAGGGUUUGUCGCUCCAGCCAGCCUGCUGGAACAGGACUAUGCUCAAGCGCUUGGUCGAGAGCAUGGAACUCAACAAGAGGUGCUGAGUUUUCUUCAUGGCUACGGCGUCAAAGCUAGGUGA